AUUAGUGACUCUAAUCAACUAAAAUUGUUUCAAAUUAGUCCUGUACGCAUUGCGCAAUUAAAAUUUAAAAUCUCUUUGGUAGUUCGAACUAUUUAUACUUCGAAUUAGUGUCAGUGACAUGUCAAAUUUUGGCGGCAUAUUUGCGUUCGGAAAAUCGUUUCACAAAUUCCAUGCAAUAACUUGAUUGGAUGAUAAAUGAUUUUAAAACAAACGUUUGUAAAUAGAACCGCUGGCUUUUGAUUGGUCACAUGACGAAUGAGCUGGGCGUCUAUGUCAAGAAAUGAGAUAAACAUGUGAUUCAAGAUGGCUGAACAUUUUCAGAUAGAGUAUCGUAGAAACUGCGUCCUGAAAUGACGCAUCUACUAGACGCCAAAAACCGGUGUGCGUCCACCGCGCCCGACUGCCGGUACAAUAAUGCGACACAUUCCGGUCUCAAUCUACCCUCACCUAGUUUGUGUAACUGCUGUGAAUAUUGUUUACCGCUUUAUCAACAGAACCAAGACUGUAGUAUUGGCGGUCCUGGCGACGGUAUCACCAUUGGUAGAUGCGGGCAUGGGCUCAUGUGUGAUGAAGAGACGAGGAAGUGUGUUAGAAUGAAAACAAAAUGCCACGACUUACAAGACGAUUACGAUGAAAGAUUUUCCCGCGGCGAAGUGGGUGCGUUUGAAAAACGGCCUUAUUGCGACGAGAAAGGGAAGUUCGCGGCGUUCCACUGCGUGCCCACGCAAUCGUGUUUUUGUCAGUCUGAAGAUGGUGAACGUUUGUUUGGCGAAGUUUUGUAUACCGGUCCUUUACAGAAUAUGCCUUGCGGUUGUUCCCGUUUCCAUGAAAAAAUAAAGAAGAUAAUUGACAGGAAAGUACAAUUUCCUGUAGCUGGACCCAAAUGUACAUCGGAUGGGAAUUUCAACCCUGUGCAAUGUGUGGGUAGAUCAUGUUUUUGCGUGAACAGAAUAACUGGAGAAAGAGUGGGAAGCAAUAGCAUAGAUUUAGAUGAACAAAAGAUAUCAGACUUAAGCUGUUAUAACGAGGAUCUGGAUUUGUUCCCUGAACUAUUUGAGGGUGAACCACCAUACAAUUACACGACUCCAUGCUUCAUGAAUAUUGAGAACAAAAAGAAAAUAAUCAAAGAAAGCGAAGAAGCUGGAUUUAUUAUGGAUUACUUUAACACGUUUGAUGACAUGGAGUGUCUGCCUGAUGGUACUUCUAGUCGUGUUGGUCGGACGGCAAAUGGCAGUAAAAUAUGCAUGAACGAACGAUCAGUUAGAAUUGGAGAUUACGAAGCGCACCCCGAUACUCCGGAAUAUAAGUCUAUGGAUUGCAAGUGUGCAUUAACGUCAUUAUUGAUGAGCUCACAAGCGUCACGGCCGGUGUGUUGUAAAAACGGCAACUUCAGACCGAUUCAAUGCUAUCGCGGUGUGUGUCGUUGUGUGGACUCUGAUGGUCGACAAGUGGGGAAAGAACAGCAGAAUGUGCGGAGUUUGCCAUGUUUCACACAAGACUGGCAACAUUGUUGAAUAAAUUUUAUAAAGUUUA